CUCAGUUGCAUUUAUGCUACCAAAGUGAACACAUGUGCCAAAGUAUGGAGAUCGUUAGUACGGAACCAAAAAUGGAUCUCUACCGAGAGGCGAUCGUCUUUAUAACAGGUGCCACGGGAUUUGUGGGCAAGGCCUUGCUGGAGAAGUUGCUCUGGAGUUUUCCACAAAUCAAACGUAUCUAUAUGCUUAUUCGACCCAAAGGCGGCAUUACGGCCGAGCAGCGUUUCCAGAACUUCUUGCAUAAUGGGAUCUUUGAACGAUUGCGCAGUUCGUAUCCCGAACGCCUCAAGAAAAUCGCCUUUUUUCCUGGCAACAUUGAAGAUGACAACUUUGGUUUAAAUGAGCUCGACAGACUUGAGCUCUGUGCCCAGGUGAACAUUAUUUUCCACAGCGCGGCGACAGUGCGAUUUAAUGAGUGUCUAAAGGUAGCAGCACGUGUCAAUUCAGUUGCCACCUACAAUCUGCUCGAGAUGUGCAAGGAGAUGCCACAAUUGAAGAGCUUUCUCUAUGUUUCCACCGCUUACUGCAAUCCGGGACGCAAGUAUGUUGAUGAGCGAAUCUAUCCAACACUGCCGCCAGUGGAUUGGCUGCAGUUCCUCACCUGCACCAAGAAGAUACCCGACGAGUAUCUCAAUAGAAUGGCUGACUACAUAAAGGGACCGCAUGUGAAUACUUACACCUUCACUAAGUCAAUAGCCGAGCAGAUCGUUAACUCCUACAAGGACCUAAUACCCAUUGUUAUUGUUCGUCCUUCGAUUGUGACGGCUGCGUACAAGGAACCGUAUCCUGGAUGGAUUGAUAAUAUUCAGGCAAUCAGUGGGAUUAUGAUGGAAAUUGGCAAGGGCGGAAUAAGCAGCAUAUUGGGCGAUAAGAAUCUUAUCUGCGAUAUUAUCCCAGUGGAUUUUGUUGUCAAUGCCAUGAUCAUGAUGGUGCACAAAGCUCAGCUGGGCAGCAUCAGCAUUUGCAAUGCCACUUCGGGUGUUACGAAUCCCAUCAGUUGGCAGAGAUUGGGUCAACUCACCAUGAAAUGGUCACGCAUUUAUCCUACCAAACGCAUGAUCAUGUUUCCCAACUUCAAGUAUCGACGCAGUGCUUUCAAGCAUGAAGUUGCAGUGUGGUUGCUGCACUUUGUACCCGCUAUCCUGAUGGAUCUUUCUACUCUGGUAUUGAAGCAGAAGAAGCGACUUGUUACUCCGAUUGCCAGCAAAUUUCGACAAGCCUGUUUGGCGGGCAGCUUCUUUUCGCUUAAUGAAUGGAUCUUCAAGAAUCGCAGUAGAUAUUAUUUCAAGGAUCUGAUUGAGAAUGGCACAUUUCCCAUGCUCUAUUGGAAUCUGGAUGAAUUGAACUAUGAUGAUUACGUUCGGCGUCAUAUGAUUGGCAUUAAUAAAUAUCUACAUCGUGAAAAGUCGACAAUUAAUGCGAAUAAAAUGCAUGUAACAAGAGUCUAUUGGUUUUGGAUCUUCGCACAUAUUUUCUUUUAUAUGUUGAUUGCCUAUGUGCUUAUGUUAUAGUCAGAAAUUAAAUAAACGACUGUUGAGAUUUUG